UCAUCAACAUGGCUGCCGCAGACCAAGACGAUGCAGUUCGUCCUCGUUCCUACCAAGACGAGAGCUACCUGUACGGGUUUCUUGGAGCUGUGGGUGACUUACAACAGGAUGGGGAGCUGCAGGAUGUCGUCCUUGAAGUCGAGGGCCGGCGGUUUCCCUGCCAUCGGCUUGUUCUGUCCGCGGCCAGCCCCUACUUCAGAGCCAUGUUUACAAGCGACAUGGCGGAAAGUCGGCAGAAGACGGUCGUUUUGCAGGGUUUGGAUGCAGACAUGUUUGGGGAGAUUCUGAGUUACAUCUACUCGGGAACCCUCCAUGUGUCCCUGGACAGAGUGCAGCACCUGUACCAGGCAGCCGACCUCCUGCAGCUGGACUAUGUGAGAGACACCUGCAGCAGCUACAUGGCCAGGAAUGUGGAGCACUCCACCUGUGUGGACCUGUACAAGUUUGCUGAUGUCUUCUCUGUGGGUGUCGUCCUGAAGCGUUGUCUACGGUAUAUCUGUAGGCACUUUGUGAAGGUUUCCUCCAGUGAGGAGUUCUGCAGCCUGAGUGUGGAUCAGCUGACUGAGAUCAUCAGCCAUGAUGAGCUGGAUGUUAAAGAGGAGACAAGAGUGUGGGAGGCUGUGGUGAGAUGGGUGCAACACAGUACAGAGGACAGACUGCACCACUUACCCAGCAUCCUCCCUCGCAUCCGCUUCAACCUGCUGACCUCAGAUGACACGGCAGCCAUCUUGAAACACCCCCUGGUCAGGGAGGAUCCUGGGGGUAUUCAGGUCAUCAGGAAUGUGGUAAAGGAGGCUUCCGUCCAGAAGAAGAGAUUUAGGAUGGACACCAUGGAAAUGGCCUGUCUUUUGGAUAUGGAGACCGGUGACAUUUUCUGCAUGAACCCAAGGCAAGGGAAGUACACCAAGAUCAGCUUGCCCCCCCAUCUGAAACACAAAUUACUGGCAGGCAUGACAGUUACCAGCGACAAUGAUUUGUACGUCCUUAUUCACGAGCCGACCGAUCAUCAGUUGUACACGUUUGAGUACAACCAGGUGUGUAAAGAGUGGGAACAAACCUGCACUAGUGUAUCCCGUUUUUGUGAUGUUGGAUGGGGCGGAGGGGAUUUUGCAUCAAAAGAAUUCUUUGUUGAAGUCGACAAAUGCCUCUACCUCAUCAUGGUGAAAGACACAUUGCUUGGUAUGGUGGUUUGGACCAGAAGAUACAAUUGGUACACAGAGGAAUGGCAGGAGUGUGAAAAGCUGCAUUUUGAAGAAGGAGCAGAUGAAAUCUUCUGCGUUGGGGUGACCUCUGGAUCGCACCUCUAUUUCCUCAUGAACUCAGAAGUGCAUCGCUACGACCCAGUCCAUGACCAGUGGGACCGGAUGACCCCGCCUAGAACCCUCCCACACCUCAGCACAGCCGUUGCCAUGGGAACAGAAAUCUUUUGCACAGACUACAAAUCCACCAAGAUCAUGGUGUACGACACAGUGUCAGACAGCUGGGAGGCACUGCAAGCCUGGGUUAACCCAUUUAGGAACCGCAUAGAUUCUCGUCAUCUCUUUGUACUGGAGAACCAGCUGCAUGUAUUGUUAGAGCCUGAUAACUCAAUGGCAGAAGAGGGAGACGAAGAGGACUGUCUUGUCCUUGUGUACGACAGGUCUGAAGAUGCUUGGAGAGACUUGAAGGCCACCCUGCCUCCUGUUGAGUGUUAUGAAGUGUGUGGUCCCAUGUGCACUAUGGCACAAGCAUGUAAUGUGCCUACCAUACCUUAGCAUGUAAUGUGCCUACCAUGCCUUAGCAUGUAAUGUGCCUACCAUGCAUUAAAAUGCAUUUGAAGAUAUACAGAGUACCACAGGGUAGGAAGGUUUCACAGCAUGUUUAGUUUCCCUGUUACUCAGGUUGGGACAGAUUGCCCAGUAUUGUAACACUUUUAUCUUUUCUUGAAACUAAUACUACUUUCUCAAAGUACUAGUUUCUGCUACGAGAUUUUUGCUGACUUUUGUUUGACUUCUGAUGUUUUGGUUGAGUUUUAUUGCUUUUACUUCUUAACAUGAUAAUAACUUUAUUGCACAACAAUAACGCUACUUCUUAACAUAAUUAUAAUAAUAACUUUAUUGCAUAAUUAGGGUACAAAGU